AUGUUAACAUUAGAAACACUACCAUUCGAAUUAUAUUUUCGUAUAUUUCACUAUUUAUUACCUCACGAAAUACUACAAACAUUUUUAAAUAUAAAUUCACAUUUUAAUUCAGUUAUUAAUCUCUGUUGUUGUAAACGUAUUAGUCUUGUCGAUGUUUCAAAAGUAUAUUUUCAAUAUUAUUAUCGUCAUAUUAUUCCAAAACUUAAAAAAGAGAAUAUUAUUGCAUUACACGUAUCUGAGGGUGAUGACGAUAAUCAUUCGACGAAUAGUUGUUGUUGCAAUUUGCUAUGUCAAAAAGUAUUUUCAAUACCAACAUUAAAAAUAUGUUAUUUAUUAAAGUGGAAUAAUAUUUCAAAACUAUUAUUGACAUCUCAGGCUAUAAAACUUGAAUAUUUACAAAUUCAUUUAGGCUAUAAAAAUGACUUAUUGAUGUUGUUAAACUACAUACCAUCGAUUAAACAUUUAUCUGUUUCAAUUAUUGCUGAUGAUAAAGACACCACCACCACUACCGACGAUUCAACAGCAAUACCACAACCGCCAUACGAAUCAAACGUGGUACCAUAUCUCACCAAAUUAUAUUUUUCAACACCUAGUGUUAUUUCGUUUGAAUGGAUUGAAUCAUUCUUAAAAUGUUUAUCAUCACAUUUAGAAGAAUUUUAUUUUCAAGGUAGUGGAUAUACAAAUUUAUAUCCAUGGGAAUAUUUAGAUGGACGUCAAUGGUCAAAUUUAAUUCAAUAUUUUAUGCCAAAAAUAAAUAAAUUUCAAUUAAAUUUCAAUAUGAUAUGUGCAGAUAAUAACAACUUUCAGCCUUAUGAUAUCAAUGAUUUAAUAUCUUAUUAUAGAACAAAUAUUUUACAAAACAGUAUUGCAUUUUUCUAUUGA